AUGCCAACAAUCCCUGCACCGACCUUUGUCCUCUCCCGGGAGGAAUGGCCCGAUGCCGACUUCGACCUCCCCGACGGUGUACCAAUACACGCGCCCUCCGACAGAGACGAUGCCGACGAGGAUUGGGACUUGGAAAUGGAUUUGGGCGAAACCGGUGGCGCGAAAGCAAAGGCAGUGGUAGCGGGUAUGAUGGCGAGGUCAGAAGCUGCGAGGAAUCUGGUUUCAUCGGCAUCGUCGUCAUCGUCAUCCACAACUGGAAUGAUCACUAUUCGACCACCACUACAGCAACCCUCCGACGAUGACGACGAUGAAGGCGUCUCAACUAUCAAGGAAGGCGCUUCGACCAUCAAGGCAGCACAAACCAUUCUCGCCUCCAAGAUUCCGAAAAAGCCUCUUCAACAAACCAUCGAGGAGGACUUUGAGGAUGGUUUCGCACUCCCCGCCGACCUCACCAAACUCUCCCUUGCGCCGACCUCUCUCAGCCAUAGAGGCUCAAAGACUUCUUUGGAGUGGGGAGAGAAGGAUAAUUCCUCCUCGUCGCAGUCCUCGGACGCCUAUUCCACCCUUGGCUUCGCUGACAACUACCCUUCCUCGACUUCAACAUCAUCCGCCUCACUCCCCGAAACUGAAACCGAUGACGACGAGGAUGAGCUGGAAGGUCUGGUCAUUCCUACCGCCCUGUUUGAAUCCAAACAAAGUGGCCGUCAACUAAACAAGAUUUUGGAAUCCAAGAAGAAGGUUGACCUGACCGCCAACCAAGUCAAAGUUGCGUCCCCAAACCCUGAAGAUGACUUUGAAGCUGGCCUCAUCAUUGAAGAUGAUGUCGACCUCAGCCCAAGUAGACUUCUAUCUAAUUCGCAAAGUCAACCGCACCGCAACUUCAAUCGUAGUGCAAGUCAUCCCCCAGCACGGCCUUCCUCACUUCGUCCCCCUUCACGCGCCAAGUUGGAGCGUUCGAAAUCUCCUCAUCCCCCUCCCUCUUCUGCUCGCCAGCUUCAGAAGAUUCGAUUAUCCCCCUCACCGCCCCUCCGCCCGCCUUCAAGAUCUCAAACAUUCCAGGCUUUGACUCCACCACCACCAAUACCAUCACCUACACCGUCACCCUCUAGUAGUUUCUUGACCCCAAAGCCAGGUAGUCUUCGAGGACAGAAAUCUCACUCUGGGCUGAAACCACCCACCCCACCCUCAACCGCCCGCAAACUUACCCGAAAGGCAUCUCUAUCUGUUAUCGAAUCUUCUUCCAAGCAGACAUCCCGCAACUCGUUAGAGGUGCCAAUAAUACAAUCCUCCAAAUGCAGAUACGAGGAACCUACAGCGGCUUCCAGAGCUAAAACCCACAAGAGCUCAACGAGCCGUAUCCACGACUUCAAAGUUCCUCCCACUCGGCCAUCCACUCCCUCCUCGAAUCCUAUCGCCCUCCGGCUCACGAUGCCUACCCAAUCAAGAACCAAAUCACGGCCCGCACUUUCAUCGGUGUUUGGGCCACCGCCCGAACCUAAAACCACGACGCGGGCAACUUCGCCACUACCACCUCGCCCUCCAUCGAGUAUGUCACAGCGUGCCGCUUCUAGAGCUUCGAAAAAUCCCCCACCACCCUCGGCACCGACGCCUCCGCCUGCUGCUGCUCCUAAACUUCUUCGCAAACCGAAACGGAUACGAACUUACGGUGACGGCACCGAAUUGGACGGAAUUGACGACCUUCCCCUAGACCAAGACAAGGAAGGUCGAUUCCGUGUCCAACCCAAAGGCUAUGGCAAUCGUGUUCCUGGCGCCACCUACGAUAAAUCCUUGACGCGGUCAAGUGACAAACCUUCAGAUGGCAAGGGAACCAUCCGGAGAAGCAAACGCGAAGGCCCUGGUCAUGAACCAACGCUGAUACCUUUGGCAUCUGCCACCAAUACCCUGAGACGUACAACUACGCGGAUAGAGUUCCCAUCCAAAACUCCUUCCGGUCUCGAUGUUCUUCCAAAGAAGAAACGGGGGCCAUCGUCUCCCAGCAAUACCCGUAGGAAGCCGACCCUAAUUCGCAACCUUGGCGGUGCAAGUGGUCCCAAAGUUGUUGGCGACAUGAAAUGGAACCCUGGCACAAUGCGAUGGGAAGGCAACGACCAAAUCCUACGCGACUUUGAUGCGGCAAUGGGGACGUCUACAAGACCGGCGCUCAUCACCCACCUAACGGGCUCCUCUAUCGGCUCUCCUUCUGGAUCCUUUGCGAACGGGGCCCGGGUUGUAGGCAACAUGUAUUUUGACCCCAACCAAAUGCGGUGGAUCUCAACAUUACCUCCGGAAGAAGACGAACCGGACGUGUUUGCAAACCUUGCGGAUGACGAAGAUGACAGUGACGCAUGGGAACGCAAAGGCGACACCAUCCGUGCCAAUGCCCACCCGUCACGAGUGUCAGAUGCGUCCAGCAUCACCUCUUAUGCGCCCUCCACCGACUCCUACAAUCCCAGAUCAGGGGCAACUAGUCCUGCUCAUAGUCAUUCUCGAACCAUUUCUGACUCAGGAAGUGAUCGAGGCUCGCGUGCAUCCAUGCUUGUUGCUGACGUCGACGAAGCUUUCGUCGAGAAGUGCAGGAUGGCAGAGGAGAGACAUCGAUCGGAAAUGAAGGGUUGGAAGACCGCCUUGGCGGCAAGGUAUGACCCUUACCAUGGUCCUGAUCGUUCACAUCUCUACGAAAUCCGGGCACUGGCGACACGCAAGUACUAA